AAUAGUUCUUAUGCUUACAAUAAGGAUAAGCAAAACGUGAUUCUUCAAGUAUGCAAGAAAAUUUUGAGUGGUAUUCAAAUGGAACAUAAUCGCGCCGAAUUACUUUAUGAUCGAAAACCAAUGACACACAAUCAAAUUUCUAAUUAUCAAGAUGUAAAAUAUUAUAUUGAUCAAGAAUUCAAAGAGCUAAUUAAAUCCAAUAAACUCUUUUAUGAAAAAUAUGACGGAACCGCAAAGAGACCAAAUAAAUUAAUAUUUCAUUGGACUCCUAAUAUAGAAGAAUUACUUGGAAAACUGUUGCAAAUAUCUUCAAAAUGGUAUGUACCAUUCACUGAAUAUUUAUACAAGAGACACAAGAAACAAAUAUGCAAAUGGUCAAUGCAUAAUGACGUUAGUGCCAAAGAACAUCAGUUAAAAUCUCAACUUCUCAAAAAUUUAUCAACAUAUCUUCCAGGAUUCAAAUAUCUUUAUAUUUUUGAAUGGAAUUAUGUUCUUAACAAACCACAUUAUGGUCAAGGUGAUUUUAUAUUUGCUUCAGAUUUUGGUAUAUUUUGUGUAGUAGAAGUUAAACAUAUGAAAACAAUUACGGGAUCUUCAGCUCGAAAAGCCAGGAAUAUGGCCAGAAAGAUUGUUGGAUUACAGGCAUUAAAAUAUAAAAUGUUGGCUUUAAAAAAAUAUGAAAACCAACAAUCAACAGUUAUUAGUGCUAUUUUUAUUAAUGGAUUGAAUUGGCAUAAGAAUAAGGAUGAUGUUCAUCUUAUAUUUGUUAAUGAGAUUGAUAAAAAAAUUGCACAGGUUAUUGGAAGAAAAUAUAAAAAAGAAUUAAAAAAAUUAAAAACAG